AUGUCAGAAACCAACAUCUCAAGAAGCAAGAUGCCGAGAGCGGAGCAAUACACCAAGAAUGAGUCCGACUUGUAUGUCGACGGCCUCGCAGAGGAGGGUCUGGACGAGGGCAAUCCAUUCAAGCAGAAUGCGGCAGAUGCGCCCAUCACCGACCCGGAUGACGCUGCAGUGGCUGCGCUUAUGAGUCGCGAUGAGGACGCAGCGCCAGAGGACGAAAAGGACAACAGUGGCGACCAAGACCAGGACCAACACCUCAAUCAACCCAGAACCACCAACAUAUUCCUCCGGCAAGACGAACCACCCACCGCCGUUGCACCAGAGGACGCCAAUAUCGAUCUUUCCGGUCCGCAUGAACGCCGAAAGCCCGACUCCUCAUCCAAACAUUCCCGGGCCGUAGUAGGAGACCCAAUCGGCGACGCCACGGACAAAUCCGACCCCGACCCCGAGGCCAAUCGGCUCAUCAAGCGUGCCCGCCGCGACAGCCGGGCCCUAGUCAUCCAGCCGGAUGAUGACGCGGAGGAACAAGACCGCAAAAUGCGCGCCAACGCGGACCUCCGCGACCCGGACACCGAGGAUGCCAAAAGUAAGGUCGAGGAUGACGAAAGCGAAACACGGCAGACGGCAGAAGACGAUUUCGACCGUCCCAAUGAAGUCGCGCCCAUGCCGCUGCUUGACAAGAUUUCGCAGCAUAAGGAUCACGAACCGGUCCCGAGAGACGCCACUGAUCAGGAUGAUGACAUCGAGACGAAAGGGGGGGAUGACUAUGAUGUGGAGAAUUAUGCGGAGUUUGAGGACGACGAUGACGAUAUGGAGGGACCCGCCAGGGACACUGUCGGGAAUGAGGAGUUGAUGGUUGACGAGAACGAACUCCGGUGA